UAAUGAUCAAUAGAGAAUGGUAGUUUCAUUAUGAUAAAGCAUAGCGUAGGAUAUAUAAAAAAUAAAAAAAUAAAAAAAAAUUGUUAAAAUAAAAGAAAACGACCAAUAGACACGUGAAACCAGACCCCAGCACAAAACGGACGACGGAAUCGAUCUGUUCGAAGAACAGAACGGAGAGAAGGCUCAUUCAUUAUUAUCUCCGAAGAGAUCCUGGAUGGUGGUUGCCUGCGGUGAUUACAGUUUGUUUGUUCAGUAAACAUUUCUUUGAAAGUUUCUCUAAAUGUACAGAUCCACUCUUACAGCGGCCAAAUGGUCGUUCCGACGAAGUUUUGCUACAGCCAUAAAGCCAAAUAUCAAACUACUUGCCAAGUUGAGACAGGAAACUGAGGUAUCAAUGGCAAAAGCCAAGGAAGCUUUGGUAAAGAACGACAACGACUAUGACUUGGCUUUGAAUUGGUUGAAUCAGGAUGCUCUGACUUCAGGUGCAAAAAAGGCAGCCAAGGUGGCUGAUCGUGUUGCUGGUGAAGGACUUGUUAGCACUGCUUCUGUGAACGCUCGAAGCACUAUUGUUGAGCUCAACUGUGAAACUGAUUUUGUUUCUCGUAAUAGUGUUUUCAAAAAUCUUGCUUCUCGAAUUGCAGCCACAUCAUUAUUGAUACAUGAACCUGUUCUUAAUGGAUCUGCCAUUGAAGAAAUCCCUGUAUCGGUUCUCAUGAAGGCUCCUUUGAUGCCACAUUCUGAUCAUACUGAAGGUUCAACUGAGGAUCUUGGCAAGACAGUAGAGGACGUUAUUGUAAAAACCAUUGGUAUUUUGGGUGAAAAUAUUACCUUGCGACGAGCAGCUGUGGUAAAUCAUGGUGUUUCAGCAAGCUAUAUUCAUGGUGGUGAUGGUUCAACAGGGAAAAUUGGUGGUCUUGCAGUUUUAGAGGUGGAUGGAGAUAUCUCUCAGGGAAACAUGGAAGCUCUUACGAAGUCUGCUAGGCAAGUAGCACGCCAAGCUGUUGGAUUCAAUCCUAAAUAUGCAAGGGAACAGGAUGUACCUGCUGAAGACUUGGAACAGCAAACCGAUCGAUCAUCCUACUUGAAAGAAGUUGUGUUAUCAAAUCAAGCCUAUUUAAUGAAUCCUGAACAAUGUGUAAGUGAUUAUAUUACUCAAGUAGCAAAGGAUGCUGGUUUUGAAGGUGCCCGAUUAUUGGAUUUCGUACGUUGGGAAGCUGGAGAAAAUAUAGAAAAACGGGUUGAUAACUUUACUGAUGAUGUGAUGAAAGCUGCACGUGGGGAAUAAUUUAGGAUGUAUCCGAAAAUAAUAAAAAGAAGUUAAAUAAAACAUCUGUAAAUUUUCCAUCCUAGAGAACAAAAGCUAGUCGUAUAGACUUUCAUGAUAUAUGUAAUGAUCCCUAUGAUGAUAACUCCUAUGAUAAUAAUAAUAAUACUGAUAUUAGUGUUUGUGUG